GGGAGUCGCGGGACAUUUUGGGAAGGCAGAAAGAUGGCGGCGCCCGUGAAGUAUACUCUGUCUGGGGUGACGAGAGGCUGGCGACGGAUGGAGAGGCUUUGGGCAGGUAGCUUGGGUUCUCGGAGUCUGUCUCUGGCGACCGCACCCUCAAACAACAGAUCGCCGUGGCGUUUAUUGGGCGCGUUGUGUCUGCAGCGGCCACCGCUUAUCUCCAAGGCUCUGACCCCACUGCAGGAAGAGAUGGCGGCUGUGCUGCGGCAGAUUGAGAUAGAACAAAGUCUCUAUUCAGAUCAUGAGCUUCGUGCUCUGGAUGAAGCCCAGAGAAUGGCAAAGAAGAAAGCUGAUCUCUACGAUGAUGAGCAAGAUGAAAAGGAUAUAUUGCUUGUACAAGAUUUGGAAGAUUCGUGGGAGCAGGAAUUCCAAAAGUUCAAACCUGGAGAUCGUGUAACAGCCGAUAAAAAAAAUGAUCGAACCUCAUUGCACCGGAAGCUAGACAGAAACCUUGUCCUGUUAGUCAGAGAGAAACUUGGAGAUGAGGAUGUUUGGUUGCUACCCCAGACAGAGUGGCAGCCAGGGGAGACCCUCCGAGGCACAGCUGAGCGAACACUGGGCACUCUCUCAGAAAACAACAUGGAAGCAAAGUUCCUAGGAAAUGCACCCUGUGGCCACUACAAGUUCAAGUUCCCCCAGGCAUUGCGGACAGAGAGUAACCUCGGGGCCAAAGUAUUCUUCUUCAAAGCACUACUAUUAAAUGGAGACUUUUCCCAGGCUGGGAAGAAGGGCCAUCAUGUGUGGGUCACUAAGGACGAGCUGGGUGACUAUUUGAAACCAAAAUACUUGACUCAGGUUAGGAAAUUUCUUUUAGACCUCUGAUGGACUGAGCUGCCUGUGGAUGAACCUUGGAAAGUUGGGCCUCAAGAACUUUUGUGUGGUUCCCCCACAUUUGCAGGGGAUGUUGAGCAGUGAAUUAAACUUGAAGAAUUAAAUGAA